ACAGAAUAAAUAUGCCUUCAAGGCAAGACCUUAUAAAUUAUAGCUGAAAGACCUGUGAAAAAAUUCAUAAAGAUCGGUUGAGUAGUUCGUGGGAAAUCUUAGCAACUGACUUUGAAAACACAGUUUCGGGAAAAAAAGUUAAAAAUUUUAGCUGAUUCAACAGUGUGUAAGAAAAUAAAUAAAAACAAUAAUGCCCGAAGAAAUUUUGGAGCCAGAAGCCAAGUUGCAAAAAAUUGAAAAUGGUGAAAACAAACAGGUAGAAUGUGAAACAAAACUGCAUGGGGCUGGAGAAACUCCGCCAAAUCCUUUAAGCAAGAAUCAAUUGAAGAAACAAAAGCGUUUGGAAAAAUAUGAAGAAUUCAAAAGCGCUCGUCGCCAGAAAGAACGUGAAAGGCAAAAGCAGAAGCGACUUGCAGCGCAAGCUCAAGGAUUACCCGCUAGGAAUGGUCCUUCUCGUAAAGAGCUGAAGAAACGCCAGGCUCAGGUUGAUGAACAAGAAUUGGGCAAACUUAGUGUAGCAAUUGAUUUAGACUACGAUGACUUAAUGCAUGAUCGCGACGUAGCGAAGUGUAUAAAACAGUGUCUACGUAUUUACACCAUAAAUCGUCGUUCAAAAUGUCCAUGGCAACUGCACCUAACUGGUAUCAAAAGUGACGGCCGUAUUCAUAAUAGUCUUAAGCGAAAUGAUGGGUGGGAAAAUUGGCAUCUGAAAUAUCAUUUUGAUACAACGCAUACGGAAGUUUUUCCCAAAGAGAAUAUAAUAUACCUGACAUGUGAAUCGGACACUGUGCUAGAUAGAAUUGAGGAGGGUAAAAUCUACAUAAUUGGAGGUUUGGUGGAUCACAAUCAUCAUAAGGGUCUGUGUCAUAAACGAACAAUUGACAACGGAUUACGCACAGCGCGUCUUCCACUAAACGAACACGUGAAUAUGAAAACACGUGCAGUACUUAGUACAUUUCAUGUGUUUGAAUUACUCUUGCGAGUUUCGGAAGGAAAAUCAUGGACUGAAGCCAUCAUUGAAACUUUACCUGAAAGAAAAGGUGCUAAACCUAAAUUAAAUUUAGAAGAAACAGAGAAUACCGAAAUAGUUGCUGAUAACAUUUGUGACCAAGAUUGACGUUGAUAUCGAUCUGAUUUCUUGCAUUAUGUAGAAAAAACUUUUUACAUACGAUUUUAAGAGCGUUUUGAAUGUUAAAAGCAAAAAUAUAUUAAUAUAUAUAGGCUGUAAAAAGCUAUAAUAAAUACAAUCGGAAGUAUUUUUUCAAAAGCUUCAGUCGAUUUAAUUUAAAAAGUAUGAAAUUAAAAAGUGUAUGGCGUUUUAUCAAAUGCUCUUUAAAUUUUCGAUUUAUACUGUACUUUUUCCACUAGUAACAAUUUCUUUAAACGUCCUCUGUGUUGCUCAAAGGACCUAGAAAUUAGUAAAUAAUUUCAGAUUGGUUGCACCCUCUAGUACAUAACACCCAUCGACGUUUUUUUUAUUUGUGUAAACAGUAUUUUUGUUUUUCAAUAAAAAAAAAGUAUUGUAUUAUUAAA